AUGGUACAGGACCAUGUCCUACACGACUCUAUCCUUGGUCUCGGCCAGGGCGAUUGUGUAGAUAUUCCGUUCUCGACGGUCACUUCAGCAUUUUAUCACCAUGCGAGACGUUUUCCAGAUGGUACAGCUCUCCAUGACCUCACAGAUUCACAGGAGUUGACAUAUAGUCAACUUGCGAACCGAGCACAAGAAUUGGCGACAUAUCUCAUUGCUCAAGGUGUCUGUCCUGACUCGAGAGUUCCUCUUAUUGCUAAAAGAGGAAUUGAUAUGGUUGUUGGCAUUUUGGCAAUCCUAUCAUGCGGCGCUCAAUAUGUUCCUCUCGACGGUGGAGUUGUUCCUGAUAAAACUAUUCGUCGAGUAUUGGAGCAGUCAAAGGGUGGUGUAGUUCUUUGUUUGACUUCAACAAAGCACCGCGUCACCUCCCAACAUCACAGCCACACUGUGGUGAUUAUUGAUGAAGUAGCGACCUUACCAAUUGAGAAGGACAUUCAUAUCGAUCUUGCAAGGCCAGAAGGCGGCUGCUAUGUGAUAUACACAUCCGGGACCACAGGAGAGCCCAAAGGAGUCGAUGUCACUCACAAGAAUGUCACCAAUCUCGUGUGCCUGUCUCCCGGUAACCUGGGUGUGGGAGCGGGCACUUCCGUUGGGUCGGUUCUCAACAUCAGCUUUGACAUGGCUGCAUGGGAAAUCUUUGUUUGCCUCUGCAACGGGGGCACCCUCGUACUUCGCGGAUCCAAUUGGAAACAAACUCUUGAACAGAUCGAUGUGCUCAUUUGCACACCAACGAUUCUUUCUAACUACCGCCCAACACAGUUUUCUAGAAUAAAAACUGUUGCCACAGCCGGAGAGCCCACCACAAAAGGACUUGCCGACUUGUGGGCAAAGCAUGGCACGUAUUGGAACUGCUGCGGACCAACCGAAACGACGAUAGUGAACACCAUGCAGAAGCACAUUGUCGGACAGGAGUUGUCGAUUGGGAGACCAACCCCAAACAACAGAAUAUAUAUCCUCGACACCGAAGGCAAGCCAAUGCCUAUGGGUACCAUUGGAGUGAUGUGGGCUGGUGGUCUUGGAGUAUCUCGAGGGUAUAUCGGGCUUGAUGACAAGACCGCCGAGAGAUACAAGCCAGACCCAUUCGCCAGAGAUGGAUCGAUGAUAUACGGCACUGGAGACCUCGGUCGCUGGCGGCCUGAUGGUUCAAUCGAGAUUCUCGGCCGAGUUGACGACCAAGUCAAAGUCAAGGGUUUCCGUGUAGAGCUAGACGGCGUGACCGCAUGUCUGGUAUCAGCGCCUGGUGUGUCUCAGGCGGCUACGCUGUUGAUCGACGGAGAGAUCCAUGGAUUCACCACCCCACGCAACUGCGAUGUAACCACCACGAUCAAGCAUAUGCAGCAGCACCAGCCCUAUUAUGCUGUCCCGACACACCUCCACCUCUUGGACGAGUUGCCAUCAACACCGAACGGCAAAGUCGACAAGAAUAGCCUCAAGGCACUGGCCUUGGUUAAACAGAGCGCUGCAGCGCAAUCAUACGAGAAUGAGAAGGUUCCAGACGCUCAUGUUGAGCUCAAAUCUCAAUCUUCCAUGUCCACUCUGACAACUCUGUCGGACAAGUUGGAUCUUGAACGCGGUAUGCCUGAUAAGACAAUGCCCCGACUGCUCAGGGGGUUAAGACGGAGAAUCUUCAUCGUCUAUCGUACUCUUUUCAGUUUGAUCGCAUUGCUCAACUUGGCGGCAUUGAUAUGUGUGAUAUUCCUCCAACUCAAGUCGGAGUGGUUGGGUAUCAUUACCGCUAUCAAUCUUGCAGUCGCAGUGCUGGUGCGACAAGAAACAAUAAUCAACAUCCUGUAUACAGUCUUCUGCUCGGUUCCAAAGAGACUGCCCCUCUGGGUGAGGGUGCGAUGCGCCAAGAUUUACCAUCUGGGUGGUGUGCACUCUGGAGCAGGUGUUUGUGCUACUGCAUGGCUAGUCAUCUCGACGAUCCGUGGGACAAUCUGCAAUGCAGGUUUCUGCGAAAGUCAUGCGACCGAUUCCUUGGCGACACAGUUCGUAUCAUGGAUUCUAUGCGCACUGCUUUGUUCCAUGGUAGCCACCGCAUGGCCCUCGUUCCGGAAGUACUAUCAUAACCUCUUCGAGCGUUUCCACCGUUUCGCUGGCUGGACAUCGCUGGGUAUGUUUUGGGCCCGCACGAUUCUAGCCAUCAAUGACUCUCGACCUCGUGACCAAGAUCUCGGGCUUGCCGCAGUUAAGACUCCAGACUUCUGGCUCUUGGUGGUGGCAACUCUCAGCAUUGCCUCUUCGUGGUUCUUUUUGCGCAAGGUGGCAGUCGAGGCUGAAGUGCUUUCUGAUCAUGCAGUCCGACUGCAUUUUGAUUAUACCGUUCCUGUGAAUGGCAGUUUCACGCGCAUCUCUCAGCGACCACUGAUUGAAUGGCACUCGUUUGCAACGAUACCCAACCCAGAGGCCAACCAUCACGCCAAGGGCUACUCGCUGGUAGUUUCUAAUGCUGGCGAUUGGACGCGUUCCUGUGUCCAGAAUCCUCCCAAGACGAUUUGGGUGCGUGGUGUUCCGACAUGUGGGGUGAUGCGUAUCUCAACUCUCUUUAACCGUGUCGUGGUUAUCGCCACAGGCUCGGGGAUUGGUCCGCUACUGGGACAUAUAGUCAAGCAGCCAUGUCCUACACAGCUGAUCUGGUCCACACCGCGACCCGAAGAAACCUUUGGUGAAGAGCUUGUCGGUCAAGUCCGCGAUGCUAUUCCAGACGCGGUAAUCUGGAAUACGAAAACCCAGGGUCGGCCAGAUCUCGUGCGAAUGGGCUACAACCUAGCCAAGAGUUUCGAGGCCGAAGCUGUGAUAAUCAUAGCAAACGAAAAAAUCACCAAAAAGGUCGUGUACGGUCUUGAGACACGCGGUCUGCCGGCUUUUGGUGCCAUCUGGGAUAGUUAA